AUGGAGGUAGGAUGGGAACUUGAUACUCAGGCCGACCUGGAACAUACGAAGAAAUAUCUUCAAGUAUUUGGUGAGAAGGUCUCAUACGCCUCUACCAAACCAGGUGUUCAGGAACUUUUCGACUACUUUAAGAGUGAGUUCCCGCAGUGUAAGGAGAACUUGGAUUUCUUCUUGGGUCACCUUUCGAACCAAUUCGGCGAGGGUGGGCAGGUUUGGGAGGAGAAUAAACACCAUGCUGUUGAUAAGAGGACUCUACAAGGGCUGAAUGGGUACUUGUUCUAA